AUGCACAUUCAUGUCGUCUUCCCCAACAUGAAGAAAAUGAAGCUUGGUGUAAGCAAUUCCAGAAGAAUGUUGGGUACCGCCGCUCAAAAAACGUUUACCGACCGACUUCUGAUUCCGGCUAUUCGACGUGUCUUGAUUUGUUCUCGUGCAAAUCGAUCUGGUGGAUCUUAUGGCGAAGCCAUUGGUACUGGAUUUUUCAUGACGGUGCCCAAAGUUUUGCUUGGUUCGGAGCUUAAGCUCUUAGUAAAGUCUAUGCGUGACAGUGCGAAGGAGAGUGCGGAUUUGGCCCCAUAUCGUCAUUUUGUUUUUGUGGUUUCUUCUUUCGGGUUUAAAAGCCCAAUAAACACUGGUGGCGGUCCUUCCAACAACGAUUCCGCAGAUAAAAGCCUUGAUGGAACCAAAACUACACCUGGUCAAAUUAAGGCUAUGAUUGGUUUCUUUGAAAGUAAUCAAGACCUUUUUAAGAUAUAUCUUGGUGGACAAAAGUCGUCCGCUCCUUCAGUGUCACGAAUUAGCCGGAUGUUACUAGAUAUCAGAUUAAGAUCUGUACUUGUCUAA